AUGCUGAGCCUACGUAUCGUUUGUUUGCUUCUGAGCUGCGCUCUGCUGUGCGCUGAAGCGGCGCCACGUCCACAAGAGGAGCCCAGCGCUGAUCUGGAGGCAGGAGUUGAAGCUGAAGAGAAGGAUCUGCAAGGCGCUGCAUCCCUUGGCUAUGGCUACUAUACUUCUCCCUACUACAGCUACUACGGACACGGACAUGGUCAUGGCGGCUACUGGCCGCACUACAGCGGCAGUUACUACGGACUGGGCUAUCCCUAUUAUGGUGGCUACUACGGUCUGCACUCGCAUCAUGGACACUAUGGGCAUUAUUUCUAAGACUCCUAACCGCACGCUAGCUACAAUUCACUCAUCACGUAUACUUGCAUCCAAAAUGGCAACAAAAACUACAAAAAAAAAAGUG